AUGGAUUAUGAAGACAACCAAAAACUUGUGAUAUUUGAUGACUAUGUUUGUGAUAAAAAUCAGAGACAAAUCAUUGAUUAUUUCAAUCAAGGUAGACAUAAGAAUUGCUCGGUGAUUUUAUCUAAGUCAAUCAUUUUACAAAACUCCAAAGGAUAUUCGACUGAAUUGUCCUCACCACUGCCUGUACGAAUUUCCAUCAUCGAGGGAGUCCAAUAGGAUAUCAUCUGAGUUAGGAGUUGAAAAAGAGACGUAUAGAACGGCAACAAGAAAACCGUUUACAUUUCUUUAUGUUGAUAAACCAAAAAAAGUCAUUGCAAAAAAACUUUACAGAUUAUAUACGCAAUAAUUAAAAUGGGUAUAUUUAACGAACAUUCACAUAAUAAUCCAUUUGCUAGGGGAUUCCAAGGCGCUCCAGGAGUUGGAUUUAGUCUUACCUCAGAUGGAGAUUAUGAUAUGGUGGGUAAAAAACUAACAAAUGUUGGUGCACCUAAAUUUAAUAGUGAUGCAGCAACUAAAAAGUAUGUUGAUGAUAAUAACAGUAGUUUUCCUACGGUAUUAUCCACAAAUCUGGUAGUUGAUUCCAACAUUAGUAUGAAAGACACCUACCGUAUUUUAAACCUUAAAUCACCAUUAGACGCAAAUGAACCAGCAACAAAACAAUACGCAGAUACACGUUUUCUUAACAAAGAUGGUUCUCAUGCGAUGACUGGUGAUCUCGAUAUGGGUAAUAAUAAGAUAAAAAAUCUUAUAAAACCAACUGAAGAUAGUGAUGCUGCGACUAAGUUAUAUGUUGAUGAGUCUAAAGUCGAUGGUAGUGUAUUUUUAAAACUAGAUGGAACAAGAAAAAUGACUGGAUCACUAGAUAUGAAUAAUAAUCCUAUAGGAAAUCUUCCAUUACCUAGUGGGGAUAAACAACCAGUAACACUAUAUUAUGGUGAUUUAUCAUACCUUAAAAGAGAUGGAUCAAAUACAAUGAAUAACAAUCUAAACAUGGCAACAAAAAGAUAUUUAAGUUAACUACACCAACUGAUCACGAAGAUGCUGCAAACAAAAAAUAUGUAGAUGAUAAAUUAUCAAUCAAUGGUGGCGCUCUGGCUAAUUAUUUAAAAAAAGAUGGAACUACUCUAUUAACUGGUGAACUAAAUGUUAACAAUAAUAAAAUAAUAAAUUUAUCUACACCAACUUCUGAUACAGAUGCUACA